AUGGGGCGCUACGAUCUUUUUGUGGUUUUCUGCUUAUGGGCUUUGGCAUGCUGUUUACAUCCUGCUUCCUGCAAUGGAUUAGUUAGAAUUGGUUUGAAGAAGCGGCCAUUGGAUCUUGAUAGCAUUAAUGCUGCCAAAGCUGCAAGAAUGCAAGGGAAUUAUGGAAAGGUAGUGAAAGGCAUGCGGCAUAAUUUGGGUGAUUCAGAUGUAGACUUAAUUCCCCUGAAGAAUUAUUUGGAUGCUCAAUACUAUGGAGAGAUUAGUAUCGGUUCACCCCCUCAGAAUUUCACUGUCAUAUUUGACACUGGCAGUUCCAAUCUCUGGGUUCCAUCAUCGAAAUGUUAUUUUUCUAUCGCUUGCUGGUUCCAUUCUAAGUACAAGGCGAGCCGGUCCAGUUCAUAUACGGAAAUUGGUUUUUGUGAGGGGGGUUGUGCUGCUAUUGUGGAUUCUGGAACAUCCUUGCUUGCUGGUCCAACUGUACGUUCUUCUACCUUUGUUUCACAAGCGACUGUUAUCACUGAAAUCAAUCAUGCCAUCGGAGCAGAAGGAGUACUGAGUGCGGAAUGUAAAGAAAUGGUUACUCAAUAUGGGGACAUGAUAUGGGAUCUCUUAAUAUCGGGGCUACAACCUGACAAAAUAUGUUCACAAAUAGGUCUAUGUACCUUCAAUGGAGCUCAGUAUGUGAGUUCUCAUAUUGAAACAGUAGUUGAAAGGGAAGAGGAGGGAACUUCCGCCGGGGAAACUGUAUUCUGUGCUGCUUGUGAGAUGGCUGUUGUUUGGAUGAAGAACCAGCUAAGGCAAGAGGCAACGAAGGAAGCAGUUCUAAGUUACGUGAAUCAGCUUUGUGAGAGCCUACCAAGUCCUAUGGGAGAGUCAAUGAUUGACUGCAAUAGCAUUGCAUCCAUGCCAAAUGUCACAUUUACCAUUGGAAAUAAAGCUUUCAGCCUCACUCCUGAGCAGUAUAUUCUUAAAACUGGAGAAGGCAUUGCAUCAAUCUGCCUCAGUGGGUUUAUUGCACUGGACGUGCCUCCUCCUCGAGGUCCUCUGUGGAUCCUUGGAGAUGUCUUCAUGGGGGUGUAUCAUACAGUGUUUGAUUAUGGCAAUCUCCAACUGGGUUUUGCUGAGGCUGCUUAGCAACCAAUCUACUGGUCAUCUUCUCUCAGAAAACCUAUAUUGUGAUUUAAUUCUGGUGAUGGUUGGGUUGAUCUGUACUAUGCUUGCUAAUACGAGUCUUAUGAGAUAUGUAUAUAUGGUGCAUGAAUGCAUGUUAUACUUCUACUUGUUCUAGAAUGAAGCAGUUUCUUUGUAGAGUGGAUAUCAUAAUGUGAUAUUAGAAUGUGGUCAAGCAGCGAGGAUAAAUGCUAGAUGGUUCAUGGUCAUAAAAACAUGUCUAUCUUUUAGUAGCGUAUUUGUGAAGGGGUUUU